AUGUCCAUGAAAAAGCUGCAGGUGAUGAAGAAGCAGGCCGAGAAACCUAUCACGCAGAGAAAGGAUAGUAGCAGAUUAACAUACUUCUUAUCUUUUUUCGGCUUGGAAUUGCAGAUGUAAGUACACGUCGAAGAACAAGAGCAGCCUCGUCUGUCUAGCAUGUGGACUUUAUGCAGUUCCAGCUGUGGGCUACGCGAAAAGACCGAUAGUCCUGGCCUGUUAUGAUCUUUGCAUGUGAUACAAGUAGUGCGACGUCGCGCUAGCUAUCGUUUUUCUGUGUGAGACAAUCGGACAUGAUGCAGCACGCCCAAAAACUUGAAAAAAAAGCAAAAAUAGGCGAAAGUCGAGAACCCUCGGCAGGCUUAGAAACUGGCCACCAAGGGCGGUCCGGCGGGCGCGCGCUUGCGCCAUACCAUCGCGAUUGGGGAAAAAAAGUCGGACUAGAAGCGGGCGGAGGCAUGUCCCAAAGUCCGCAUUUGGUCUGGGUUGUGGGCACAAAUUCGGCACCUCCGCCGCGUCUGAAUUGCCCGAUUUUGGUUGCUCGGAAGGGUUUCCGGAUUUUCGGUUUUCCUCAUACCUUCCGGGCCAGGUGGCCAGUUUGUCAUGCAGGGGGCUAGAAAGGAUGCCCCGCUGCGAAAUAGCAGACCGGAUUUCGCCUUCAAUGCUUAUCGCAGGAGCCUGCGGGCCGCCGCGGGCGACAGUAGUUGUCCGCGGCCCUUGGGCCGCGACCGCAAACUGCGGCCCGCGGCUCAAGAAGAAGAAGUGGGAUUCUAAUUAAAAGAAAUGGUGGUGGCGAAAGCGCGGCCCGCCGGGCCGCGCUUUCGCCGCGCGGCUGGUUUGGCUUUCGCGCUGCUUAGAUUUUCGCGCACGCAUUUGGUUACCAAUAUCGCCCUCCGGGCGCGACCUUCAUACAAGUGGUGUGACACGCUAGCUAUCGUUUUUCUGUGUGAGACAACCGGACAUGAUGCAGCACGCCCGCGGGCUGCUCCGCGCCGUACUAGCUCGGAAUUCCGUCCGAAUUUUGUCCCCUACUUGGCUUCUUGAUACGGACGGAUUCUGACAGAAUUCGGAUGGAUUUUGAAUUGGUGGGGGAUGGGAUUUUGUGGUCCGGGACACCAGAGUUGUGCCUCCAGUCGACUUCACCUACCGAGACCAGCCUGGGCGAUCUUGGGUGGCUGACCGCAUUGGGAAUCGCGGCCGGGGAUCGCCUCGCCCCU